GUAAUGCUACACAUAAUAUCUAAAUAUAAAAUCAAGAUUAUUUGAAAUUUAUAUUAUUUUAUAUUACUUAUUAUUUAUUAAUUAAAUUGUACAAACAUAAAUAUCACAAUGACAAAUAGUUCAAGAUGUUUAGGAUAUCAUAGUAAUAUAAAUAAAGAAUAUUUAACAGAUGAAAAUGAUAGCCAUCGUGCUUCAUCAGAUCAUACAGUAUCUGAAUAUGUUGUAUCUGCUGAUCAUACUACAAUGGUAAAAUCAAUGAAGAAGAAUCAUUCAGAAAAAUAUGAAAAAGAAGAAGGAAGACAUUCACAAAAUAUACAUAACAACCGUGGUUCAAUAUUAUCAGGAUCUUCAAGACACAGUCUUCAUCCUCUUAGAAAAAGUACUUCACAUAGUAGCAUAUACGACAAUGGCUCAGAUAUAUAUGUUACAAGUGCUGCAUAUAGAGCAACUUCAGAUAUAAGCCAUCACAGUCUAACACCAAGUUCAAGAUUAGGACAUCGUGCACCUAGUCAUUGUAGUUAUGGUUCUACAAAAUCUCACACACACAGAAAAGAUGGUAUUAUUAUAGAAACCAUGUCAACACCAAAUCCUUUUUGUCCAAAUACUAAAGGAAUUUGCUGUCUCAUGUUACUUCUUAAUCUUGGUUUGAUUCUUGUUACAUUAGGUUUUGUUAUAGUCAUUCAAUUUUUUCAACCAUUGAUAGUUUGGAUUUUGGGAAUAGUGUUUCUUGUGUUUGGAUUCUUAACAUUGAUAGGAAGUCUUAUAUAUUGUGUACAUGUAUUUCGAAAUGCAAAACAUCCACAUGAUAUUAAUCCAGAAGAUUUUUAUUGGACAAAAUAUUGGCAAGGACAUGUAGGAUCCACACCUGAAGUAUAUUAUAAAGCAGAAGAUAAAUAUCAUGAUGAUGGAUAUAGUGAUCGUUUAAGCAAAUACUCAUGUAAAUAUUAUGACAAACAAAGAUAUUGAAAGCAAUAUAUAUAUAAUGUAAAUGU